UAGUGCUCGUCUUGUAGCAAUUGUCGUUGUCGUUGUCGUACGUUGGGUCGCAGUGACACUACUUUUUGGUGAUAGUUGUCUUUCACCAUGCAGACAGCCAAUCUUUGGUCCGUUUGAUUGUGGUCCUUUUUUAUACCGCGAUUUUGUUUUGCUAGAAUUAUUUCCUACAACCUUUUUCACUUUUAAACCCUUUCCAUUUAUUCUGUUGCACAAAAUGCCGCCUACAUUGACAAGUGAAUUCUAUCAACUUUCUAUUGACGUGAAACCAGUAGUUUGUGCUUAGUGAAUAUGCACUGGAGAGUGAACGUUGGUUCUUUCUUGACAAUGGGCGUUUUGUAUAACACUAUGUAGAGGUGCUGAAAUGGUGACAACACGCCAGUAAAAAACAGAGCGGGGGAAGCAACAGCAGACGAUCGAGAGGUUGCACCUCACAGGUCAAUCUGAGCAUAAUCUUUCAAGUCCCGCUGAACAUAUCGCACUAACUUUUACUUUGGUUUGCAUGGCUUUAAGAAAGCGCCUGUCAUACGUAAAGAAUGUCUUGGGAUUGGAUCUGUGGAACUCAGGAAUCCAGCACCGUCAAAGAGGAUGUCAUCCGACUUGACAAUGUCUGUUUGCUGAAUGGAGUAGCGAGCAUCUCUCAUGGUAUAUUCCUCAUCAUCUUCUCACUUAUUCUCCUGGUGGUUGGAUGCUGCACAAAGUAUCGUCAAGUCAACAAUAAACAUCUACUGGUGUAUCCUGGCCAUAGCAUAAGAUGGCUCAUAUCAGCAUUACUCCUGGUGAUCAUUCUUGCAUCCAUUGGUGAGGGCGUCAUGACUGAUGAGACAUACCAAGUCUUGAAUCAACCCACUCAGCCCCAUCUCUACGUUCACAGUGUCUUGAGCUUCAUAGCAGUCUUGGUGUCCCUCAUCUAUUAUCAUCACAUGGAACUAUGGCAGAUACCGAUCAUGUCUCCGCUUCUUUUCCUGUAUUGGUUGUCUUCCCUUGGACAUGAAAUAUUUUGUGUGUUGAGUUUGGAAUAUCAGAAUCAGGAUAACGUUAACAUUGUUCUCUUUGACUUGACUGUCAUCAAAAUAGUCAUCUACUUCUUCUUGAUGAUCGUAGAGCUGAAUGUCAUCAGAACUGAGUUUGGGCCUCCCUUUCAUCAAGAAAAACCAGUUUCAAGCGACACGGAGCAACCUGAAAUGAUGUUCAGACAUGACUGCGUUAGUUACUUCUCUUCUGUCACACUGUGGUGGGUCCAAUGGCUUCUCAACCUUGGCUACAAGAAACACCUUGAGCAGACUGACUUGGGAAUACCUGCUGAACGACACGAGGCAAAAUUCAACCACGAAAGAUUUCGUAAAGCUUUCCUGGAAGAAUUGGAAAGUGCUAAGAAACGUGGAAAGCAUGCAUCACUCAUGAAAGUCUACACCAGGGUGUACGGACGACGGCUUCUUUGGGCAGCAGCGUUGAAGCUGAUUGGUGAACUAGUCUCCCUCAUCUGUCCAAUCACAGUGGGGUUAUUAACAGCUUAUGUUACCACUCUCAAGUACCCCACUGCAGAAUCCUCACAAGUUAUCGAGGGGCAUCAUGUCACAUUGGAAGAGUUCUUUAUGAAUGGUUUUGUCAUCGUUUUCAUCAUGUUCUUCUCUAGUUUUGUUGGAUCAACUUGCGUACAGAACCAUAUUUACUUAGUUAUGUCUCAAGGGAUUGACGUACGAACCGCUUUACAGGCCAUGGUUUAUGAGAAAUCCUUGCGUCUCUCUACUGUUGCCACUACGGGAGGCACGAUGGACAUGGGACAGAUCACUAAUCACAUGUCGUCGGAUCCUAUUGCCAUGUUCUUCAUGUUUCAAAUGGUUAACAACUUAUGGGUUGUUCCUGUACAGAUUCUAGCAAUACUAAUGCUGCUGUACAUGCAGAUGGGAUAUUCAGCACUUAUUGCAGCAAGUAUCUUCUUCAUACUCGGCCCAAUCCAGAUGAAGAUUGCUUCCUACAUGGGCAACCAGCAGAAGCAAAUAUUGCGGUGCAGUGACGAACGCCUGAAGAAAACGAAUGAAUUACUUCAAGGUAUCAAGCUACUGAAGUUAUACGCAUGGGAAGGACUGUACUUAAAAGCCAUUGAGAUCAUCAGAGCUAAAGAACUCGACUACCUACUCAAGUUCAACAUUGGCUACGUUUAUACAUUACUUUUGACGAUAGCUGCUCCAGUUCUUGUUACAAUUGUGGGAUUUGGAACCUACACCGCCCUCUGUGGCAAACCCCUUACACCGGAUGUCACCUUUUCAUCUCUGGCUCUUUUCAACGCUCUCCUCAACCCGUUGACGUUGCUUCCUGUGAGUUUAAUGUACACAAUAAACGGCAUCGUCAGCACCAAACGACUUGAGAAGUUUCUAUCAGCACCGGAUGUUGAAAUGAAUAAGGGCGGUUUGACUCGGAAACAAACUGGAACAGAAAUACAGAAGGUUAAACGCCAGAAACCCAGGUCCUCAAAGCCCACUGAUCUUGCAAAACAAUCGCUUCUCGAUGGUGACGCCAACAAAGAACAAGCAUUCAGAGAUGAGGACUCUGACAUUGAAGAAGAACCAAUGAGGGUUAGUUAUGGAAAUGUACCGUUGGAACAUGAUCUGGACAUUAAGAUAUCCGACGGCUGUUUCCGUUGGUACUCAUCUGAGGCAAAAUUUGCAACACUUUCUGAUAUCAACGUGGACAUACCAAAGGGAACUUUGAUGGUUGUUAUUGGUCAGAUUGGUUCUGGUAAAUCAUCUUUAAUUUCAGCAAUCCUGGGUGAAAUGACAACUGAGUCUGGAAUGGUGCAAGUCAGGGACCGGAACCAGAUAGCGUUUGCUGCUCAGAAACCUUGGCUGCUUAAUACAAGUCUACAGGAAAAUGUACUCUUCUCUCAACCAAUGGACUCUAAAAGAUACAAACGAGUGAUAGACGCUUGUUCCCUGCAACCAGACAUUGAUAUCUUACCAGCUGGAGACCAGACUGAGAUUGGUGAGAAAGGAAUCAACCUAAGUGGUGGACAGAAGCAGCGAAUCAGCGUGGCUAGAACCAUGUACUCUGGCAGAGAUAUCGUUCUAUUGGACGAUCCACUGUCAGCGCUUGAUGUCCAUGUUGGUCGCCAUUUGUUCGAAGAGGGAAUCAUGAAAUUGCUAAUUAGACAAAGACGGACAGUUAUUUUGGUCACCCAUCAACUUCAGUAUCUAAACAGAGCAGACUUGAUAAUAGAAAUGAAAGAUGGUCGGAUAGCUGCCCAAGGUACAUUAGAUGACAUCAUUGCUGCUGAUCCUGAUAUGUAUAGUGAGUACAACAAGGCUAUAGAACUAGCCAGCGAGUCGGAAGCCGAGUUGGAACAGUCUGGUUACGAAUCAGAGUCAGUCAAGGAGGAGAGAGCGCGACUCCAACAGCAAGUCAAGACUUUAUCUAAGAAAAAAAAAAUGACAAAAGGUGGAGAUAAAACAAAUGGAUCUGGUGCUCUGGUGGAAAAGGAAGAGAUUGAACGAGGUUCCGUUUCUUACUCCGUGUAUCUCUACUACUUCAUGAAUGCAGGCUAUUUCACAAUCCUAUUCAGUAUUAUCUUAGCUGUGGUUAACACUGGGUUCUUCGUUGGAACCAAUUUCUGGCUGUCGGCCUGGACCGAAGCUGGCCUUCAGAACCAUACGGACACCACCUCAGCAUUUAAAGAUUACUUUAGUGGCUAUGUUGGACUGAAUUUAGCUUAUCUAAUUUUCAAAAUGCUGGCAUCUUCAGCCCUGCUAUGGGGAGCUUUGCAGGCUUCCAAGAGACUCGUCCUGAGAAUGCUCCGAAAUAUCAUCAAAGCACCUUUCAGAUUUUUUGAUGUAACCCCUCUAGGUCGAAUAAUGAACAGAUUUUCUGGUGACUUGGAUACGAUUGAUAAGAGACUCAUCACGUCAUUUACCUUAUUUAUGUUCAGCUCAAUGACUCUACUAUCUGCUGUGGUUGUCAACGUCAUCGUCACGCCAAUCUUCAUCAUGUUCUGUAUCCCUAUUGCUAUUACCUACUUAUUCUUGCAGAGAUACUUCUUAGCAACCUCAAGGGAGUUACAACGACUAGAAAGUGUUAGCAAGUCUCCUGUGUUGGCUUAUUUCUCAGAAAGCCUCGGUGGAAUCACUACAAUUCGGGCAUUCAGGCAAAGUCAGCGUUUCUAUGAUACUAUUAUCGAGAGAAUCAAUGCAAAUGUCAUUGCCUCGUUGUACUUACUUGCAGUAAAUCGAUGGCUCGCAAUUAGAGUGGACUUCAUUGCUUCAUUGACGGUGUUUGUAGUUGCUAUGACAACGCUGAUUAGCGCAUUAGCUGUAGGUCUGGAUCCCAGUCUCGUUGGAUUACUAGUCUCAUACACCAUACAGAUCUGUGGUCAGGUAAAUUUGUAUGUGCGCUCAUCAACAGAAAUUGAAAUACAAAUGAAUGCCGUGGAACGAGUCAAGCACUACUCACAAGUUGACACUGAAUCAUAUGAAGGCAUUGAACCACCAGAUGAUUGGCCAAUGUAUGGAACAGUGACGCUUGAAAACGUAUCUGCACGGUACUGCCAUGGUAUGGAUCCUGUUCUUAUUGAUGUAUCAGUAGAAAUAGGAGCGAAACAAAAGGUUGGGGUUUGUGGACGGACAGGAGCUGGGAAGUCUUCACUUAGUCUCACUUUACUCCGUGUUUUAGACGUUUUUAAAGGUCGCAUCAUAAUCGAUGGAGUGGAUAUUAAGUCUGUUCCCCUGACUUCUCUGAGGAGUAAGAUUAGCAUUAUCCCACAGGAUCCUGUUCUGUUUGAAGGGACAUUAAGGCAUAACUUGGACCCAUGUGGUAUAAUUGAAACCGAUGAGGCCCUUUGGCAUGCUUUAGAAAUCGCUCAGCUCAAAGAUAUGGUUUCUUCCUAUCAACAUGGAUUGGAUGCUCUGGUGACUGAAGGUGGUGAGAAUUUCAGCGUUGGUCAGCGGCAGUUAUUCUGUUUGGCUCGUGCCUUCCUGAGGAAGUCUCGUAUCCUCAUCAUGGAUGAAGCCACUGCCUCAAUCGACCUAGAAACGGAUAAGAUUGUUCAGCGUGUUGUAUCGGAUGCCUUUGCUGAUUGCACCGUACUGACCAUUGCUCAUCGGAUUGCAACCAUAAUGAACUCUGACAAGGUUCUGGUUCUAGACAAUGGCAAAGUAGCGGAGUAUGGGACGCCAAAUGAACUCUUGGAAAAACAGGAUGGGUUAUUUGCUUCAUUUGUACAAGACACUAACCUCUGAUUGGCUCUUGCUAAUUAGCUGUUUUCGAAGAGCGGGCUGCCCGGCUGCUUUGCUUGGUUAUAAUAUUUGAUGCAUUAUGAGUAGUAGAUUUGUUUGAGUAUGCUAUGGGCCAGUUGGCUCAAUGAUAAUUGCCACACACUGAAAGUUUUUCUGAGUUGAUUUAAAGGCAAGUUCAGGCAUUGGUAAUGCCCCCGCCCCCCCCCCCCCCCCCCAAAAAAAAAAAAA